AUGCUGUGCAGGGUACCUACAGUGACCCAGUGCUGAGAUAGCAGAUCUGCUCUGCCACCUGCAUGUUUAUGGGUGCCACAUAAAGAAAGGAAAAGAAAGUGUCACUUCCCAUCAUGUGGGCCUGUUAACUGCAGAGCUCUAGUCUUCUAGGACAAAUGCCAUACUCUACUGGAUAGCACUUGAUGCAACCCAUGCUGGUCAUAACUGAUCUGAGAAGGACAAGUUGUUGAAAAACGAUAGUUUAGGCCAUCCUGUGCCUGUACAAUUUGCAGCCAGCCUGAUCUACAAAGUUGUAGGGCUAGCAAUGAGGCUCAAUGGGUAGAGACCUGCCACCAAGCCUAGCACAGGACCUACAUGGCUCAAGGAGAGAACUGACCCUUCGAGUCGUCCUCUGUGGGGGUUGAGGUCAGUUGAGACAGACCCAGGUUCACCCCAGUGCUAAAAGAAUCUGCACCAGGAGAAUGAGCAUCAUUUGGCUAUAGUGAUCACAGGGCUGCUUUGACAGCAGAGUUGCUUUCCUAAACCACACAACGGGGUGUGAAGGAGGAGCUGACACUUGUGCAAGGUGGGUGGUACUUGGAGGCCACCUGUCCCCACAGGAAGAGAAAGUGGGGUGCCCCUAUCUGGGGACCACUAGUCCUGUGCCAGAAUGGAGGUCUGCUGGUCCCUGCUGCUCCUGCUGACCCUGAAAACACUGUGGGCAGCAGGCAACAGAUUUGAGACCCAGAUCAUUGGGGGUCAAGAGGCAGUUCCGCACUCCCGCCCAUACAUGGCCUCUCUACAGAAAGACAAAUCCCAUGUGUGUGGGGGAGUCCUCGUGCAUCGGAAGUGGGUGUUGACGGCUGCCCACUGCCUGUCUGAGCCGCUACAGAAGCUGAAGCUGGUGCUCGGCCUGCACAACCUCCAUGAUCCCCAAGAUCCUGGCCUCACCUUUUAUAUCCGGGAAGCCAUUAAACACCCUGGCUACAACCGCAAAUAUGAGAACGACCUGGCGCUGCUUAAGCUGGAUGGGCGGGUGCAGCCCAGCAAGAAGGUCAAACCACUGGCUCUACCAAGAAAGCCCCGAUCCAGGCCGGCAGAAGGCACCCGGUGCAGCACAGCUGGCUGGGGUAUCACCAGCCAGGGUGGGCCCCUGGCCAGGGCGCUGCAGGAGUUGGAUCUGCGUGUGCUGAACACCCGAAUGUGUAACAACAGCCGCUUCUGGAAUGGUGCCCUCGUGGACAGCAUGCUGUGCUUAAAAGCUGGGACCAAGAGCCAAGCCCCCUGCAAGGGUGACUCUGGAGGGCCCCUGGUGUGUAGCAAAGGCCAGGUGGAUGGAAUCUUGUCUUUCAGCUCCAAAAACUGCACAAAUAUCUUCAAGCCACCGGUGGCCACUGCUGUAGCUCCCUACAGCUCCUGGAUCAGGAAGGUCAUUGGUCGCUGGUCACCCCAGCCUCUGACCUGAUGUCUCAGAUGAUCUGGGACACCAUUCUUGAUGACUGGGGCUGGGAAGGGACUAGGUGUGCCUCUGGGGACCAAUAAAUCUUGAUAUAUCUGUUGAGUCUA